AUGGUCAGUCAUCGCUGGAUGUGCCUGCUCAAGCUGCGCGGGUCACUGAUCUACUCUUGUUGAUGUCUGGUACGGCAGAGCGGAGAAGGUGAGAGCGGAUCGCCGGCAGCAAUUCGUCGCUCCGAGACGACGCCGGAUCGUGGAGACCGGGCCAUGCUCGGAGACAAGCUAUCUCGAGUUGAUCGUGUACUCAUUCUGCCACUUCCUUCUCUCCUCGCGCCGGACCGUGCUCGCUACCGCGCUGCUGCUCAUCGUCGCCAUGCUCGACGCGUCACAAACCGAACCGCCGACUACGCUACGGCGAUGAAUCGAAUCGCAAUGUGUUGACCACGACACCUCCUAAUGCUCGUUCGCGCCAUCCCCCGCACCCACCAUCUUCCCAUGGGAGCAGCAUGGCUGUUCCUUACCAGCGUCAUCAUCUCGGCGAUCCUGCUCUUCACCAGUGUCUUCUUUGUACGUCAACUUGACCUCUCCCCGGUCGCGACCCGCCCGCGUUGUAUGCGUGGAUCCUGCAGCGGCGCACUAACAUUCACUUUCCCUACACAUGGCAGAUCAUCAUGUUCUCUGAUCUCGGUUCGUCGUCGUCAAAGCAAUCUCACAUUCAAGACUGUGGACGGCGGCCGUGACCCGGUCACAUUACUGACUCGCUCUUCUCCGUCACACUCUCCUCGCCAACCCCGCACAGAAUGCGACUAUCUCAACCCCAUUGACCUCUGCAACAAGCUCAACCAAGUAAUAAGAAAGACCACUGAUCGAAUUGCGUGAGGACGAGCUGAUCUGAUCCCCGUCUACAACGGUGUUCCCAUCAAUCCGCAGUUUGUCCUCCCCGAGAUGAUCCUCCACGGCCUCAUGACCAUCACGUUCCUCGUCACGUUCCAAAUCAUCGCCUUCAUACUCAAUGUACCGUUACUGGCCUUCAACGUCAACAAGUACGUCCUCUUUGCCACGCAGGAGCCGGCUCUCCUGGGCGGAGGCAUGCGCGAGAGCUGCAGGCGAGAAGCUGACCCGCACCGAAACCCCACACAGAGUCAUCAAUCGCAAUCACAUGUUUGAUGCGACGGAGAUCUUUAGGACUUUAGGAGUGCACAAGAAGGGUCAGUUCGGCUCGAUUUUAUUAACUGCGCUCCGUCGCUGAGUUGCGCGAGCAGAUCGACUGACUUCCCUCUUGCCUACUCCGUAACACAGAAUCAUUCUUCAAACUUGGCUUCUAGUCAGUCCUGGCCGCUACCGCUACCGCGAUGCAGUUGCAUCGUAAUGUACGAGUCCGGAACGAGCUUCUGACCCUCCCGCAUUCCGUUCCGUCUCUGUGAACAGUUUGGUCUUCUUCUUCUACGCGCUCUAUCGAAUGAUCGUGAGUACCCGCGACGUCGGAACUAUAGCUCGCCUCCGAGUGCUGAUAAUCCUUUCCUAUCGUCACACCAGCUGGCUCUUGUCGCCGAGGACUAA